CUCUUCUUCUUCUUCAAUACUCUGCGUCCGACCUUUUACCAGAAUUUCUUUUGCCCGUUGAGGCUUCCUCCCAAGCAACGUGCGUCUCCUCCUCUUCAUCUUCGCAUCUCAGAAGCGGCUCCCCUUCCUCUGAGCAUACCUCUCUGCCGGUGAUAGGUGUCGGGAAGGGCGAAGCAACCUGAGGCGAAAUGCUGGUUCUUUUUGAGACCCCGACGGGGUUUGCUCUCUUCAAGGUCUUGGAUGAGGGGAAGCUCUCCCAAGUAGAGGAUUUAUGGAAUGAUUUUACAACUCCAGAAUCGGCCAGAAAGGUGGUGAAGCUAAAGGCGUUUCAGAAGUUUGAGAACGUCCCAGAUGCAUUGAGCUCGGCCACUUUUCUCAUUGAUAGUAAGCCGAGCAAGGCUCUGCGCAAGUUCCUGCGUGCCAAUUGUGUUGGUGAAGAAUUGGCUGUCGCGGAUGCAAAGCUCGGAGGCAUCAUAAAGGAGAAAUUGGAAAUAGAGUGCGUACACAACAGCGCAGUAAUGGAACUGAUGAGGGGAGUCAGAAAUCAAUUGAACGAACUCAUAGCAGGACUAGAUGUGCAAGAUUUCAGUCGAAUGAGUUGUGGUCUGGCAAGGAGCCUGUCAAGAUACAAGCUGAAGUUCAGCCCAGACAAGUUGGAUACUAUGAUUGUUCAAGCUAUUGGCUUACUGGAUGAUCUUGAUAAAGAGCUUAAUACUUAUGCCAUGAGGGUGCGUGAAUGGUAUGGCUGGCAUUUUCCGGAGCUCGUAAAGGUUAUUCCGGACAAUAUUCUUUAUGCCAAGACAGUAAAGCUCAUGGGCAACCGCUCCAAUGCUGCAAAUCUUGAUUUUUCUGAGAUAUUACCUGAAGAGACUGAAGCUAAUUUGAAGGCCGUGGCUAUGAUAUCAAUGGGCACAGAAGUCAGUGACCUUGACUUGAUCAAUAUUAAGUCCCUCUGUGAACAAGUGUUAUCUCUUUCAGAGUAUAGAGCUACACUGUAUGAUUAUUUGAAAAAUAGAAUGAACACCAUAGCCCCAAAUCUCACUGCCCUUGUUGGGGAACUUGUUGGAGCUCGUCUCAUAGCACAUGGAGGUAGCUUGUUAAACUUGGCAAAACAGCCAGGAAGCACUGUCCAGAUUCUUGGUGCUGAGAAGGCUCUAUUUAGAGCACUGAAGUCGAAACAUGCAACACCAAAGUAUGGGCUGCUAUUCCAUGCCUCUUUGAUUGGGCAAGCAGCACCUAAGUUCAAAGGUAAAAUAUCUAGAUCACUCGCCGCAAAGACUGUGCUAGCAAUCAGAUAUGAUGCACUUGGAGAAAAUCAAGAUGCUUCUAUGGGUCUUGAAAACCGUGCAAAGCUUGAAGCCCGUUUGAGGAAUUUGGAAGGUAGGGAACUGGGACAUUCAGCUGGAUCUACUAAAGGAAAGCCCAAGAUUGAACCCUAUAGCCAAGAUCGCAAGGCAGGCUCUGGAGCAUUAUUAAUGGCUGCAAAGACUUAUAAUCCAGCAUCAGACUCUGUUCUUGGGAAGACAGUGGAAAAUGAAAAUGCGCCAGCUGAUGAGCAUGCAGAAGUUCCAACGAAGAAGAGGAAACAUGAAAAGGUUAAAGCAGCAGAAGACUCUGAAAGAGGAGUUGAUGUGGCAAACCUUGACCAGGAAGACGGAGUGGCAACUCCUGAAAAAAAGAAGAAGAAAAAGAAGCAUCAAAAGGAAGAGAGCUCAAAGGUGGAGGAAGUUUCUGCUCCGAAGGAGGAAGAAGACACCGGAAAAGAGAAGAAAAAGAAGAAAAAGCAUGCCACAUCAGAGGAAGAUCAAACUGCGAAGCCAGAGGAAGAAGGCGGUUUAAAGAAGAAAAAGAAAAAGAAAGAUGAAGCUGCUGAGCCAGAACAGAACGAUGGAGAAAAAAAGAAGAAAAAGAAGAAGAAAAACAGAGAUGACUGAGCUUUUCCACAAAACUGAGAUGGCAUAGCUUGCAGCACAACAUACGAUGUGGCAUAAGGUGCACGUUGCUGCUUCAUUUUUCGCGUGAUGCCUCCGGUUAAGUUUUAAUGCAAAAUUUCAUGUAUCGCUCCUUAGUUUCAUAUUUUAUAGGUACCUGUUCUCAUUUUUGCUGCAUGUUACUGUUAGUUUCAUUGCCCAGAUCCAAAUGGGUAGAGAAUAUUUAUGAACAGGAUGAGAAUGUUUUUUGGAUUAAAAUCUGUUAAAAUCUUUUUGCAAGUAUAUAUAUAAUAUUCCGGGUUCCUCA